AUGGCUUCAGAAUCGAACAAUCUCGGAGAAUUAUUGAGGCCCUUUUACCGGAGAGCUUCAGAAGCAGAGGACCGAUUGGGAAAACUUGAAGACUUAUUGUCGAGAAACAAAGAAUAUGGGAAUGAAGAACAGAACAAGUUAGUGAGUGAACUCCAGUCGGAGCUGGAAAAUGUGAAAGCUGAGAAAGUUGCCGAAAGAGAGAAGGCCAUGAAAGAGGUUCAGCAUCUUACUACUGAAAAUGCGAAGCUGCAGUAUCGGAUAAUCCAUCUUGUUAGAGCAUUAAAGGAGGCUGAUAGCAAAUUAGCUGCAAAAUGA